UCUGAUCCGAGCCAACGGUCGCACUAAUUACGCAGAAAAGAGAAAAAGCAAACAAUUUUCCAAGUGCCAGAAAAACUAAUUUCCAAGAGCUAGUUCGCAGCGAGGAGCAGCACAGCAGCAGUAGCAGCCACAGCCACAGCCACGAUGACCGAUUCCAAGUACUUUACCACGACGAAGAAGGGCGAGAUCUUCGAGCUCAAGUCGGAGCUGAACAAUGACAAGAAGGAGAAGAAGAAGGAGGCGGUGAAGAAGGUGAUUGCCAGCAUGACAGUGGGCAAGGAUGUGAGCGCAUUGUUCCCCGAUGUGGUCAACUGUAUGCAGACGGACAAUCUGGAGCUGAAGAAACUCGUAUACCUAUACCUAAUGAACUACGCAAAGUCGCAGCCGGAUAUGGCCAUUAUGGCGGUGAACACGUUUGUAAAGGACUGUGAGGACUCGAACCCGCUAAUCCGGGCGCUGGCCGUGCGGACCAUGGGCUGCAUCCGGGUGGACAAGAUCACCGAGUAUCUUUGCGAGCCACUACGUAAAUGCCUCAAGGACGAGGAUCCGUACGUGCGCAAGACGGCCGCCGUGUGCGUUGCAAAGCUGUAUGAUAUUUCGGCUACUAUGGUGGAGGACCAGGGCUUUCUCGACCAGCUGAAGGACCUGCUGUCCGACUCUAAUCCCAUGGUCGUAGCCAAUGCCGUAGCCGCCCUCAGCGAGAUCAACGAGGCCAGCCAGUCAGGACAGCCGCUGGUGGAAAUGAACUCUGUGACCAUUAACAAGCUGCUGACUGCACUCAACGAGUGUACCGAAUGGGGCCAGGUCUUCAUACUCGACUCGCUGGCCAACUACAGUCCCAAGGAUGAGCGCGAGGCGCAGUCCAUUUGCGAGCGAAUCACUCCGCGCUUGGCUCACGCCAACGCCGCUGUAGUGCUGAGUGCCGUCAAGGUGCUGAUGAAGCUGCUCGAGAUGUUGUCCAGCGACAGCGACUUUUGCGCUACGCUCACCAAGAAGCUGGCUCCGCCACUAGUCACGCUCCUUUCCUCGGAGCCGGAGGUGCAGUAUGUGGCGUUGCGCAACAUCAACCUGAUCGUCCAGAAACGUCCCGAUAUCCUGAAGCACGAGAUGAAGGUCUUCUUUGUCAAGUACAACGAUCCCAUCUACGUGAAGCUGGAGAAGCUGGACAUCAUGAUUCGUCUGGCUAACCAGAGCAACAUUGCCCAGGUGCUCAGCGAGCUGAAAGAGUAUGCCACCGAGGUGGAUGUAGAUUUCGUGAGGAAGGCAGUGCGCGCUAUCGGUCGUUGUGCCAUCAAGGUUGAGCCAUCGGCUGAGCGGUGUGUUUCGACUCUGCUGGACCUAAUCCAGACCAAAGUCAACUACGUGGUACAGGAGGCCAUCGUGGUCAUCAAGGACAUCUUCCGCAAAUACCCAAACAAAUACGAGAGCAUCAUCAGCACGCUGUGCGAGAACCUGGAUACCCUGGACGAGCCGGAGGCGCGUGCUUCGAUGGUUUGGAUCAUUGGCGAAUAUGCGGAGCGCAUUGACAACGCCGACGAACUGCUCGACAGUUUCCUCGAGGGCUUCCAGGAUGAGAAUGCCCAGGUGCAGCUGCAACUGCUGACUGCCGUGGUGAAACUGUUCCUGAAGCGUCCGUCGGACACCCAGGAGCUGGUACAGCACGUCCUAUCGCUAGCCACACAGGAUUCGGACAAUCCCGAUCUAAGGGACCGCGGCUUUAUCUACUGGCGUCUGCUGUCCACCGAUCCGGCAGCCGCCAAGGAGGUGGUGCUGGCCGACAAGCCACUAAUUUCCGAGGAGACAGACCUGUUGGAACCAACACUGCUGGACGAGCUCAUUUGCCACAUCAGUUCGCUGGCCAGUGUGUACCACAAGCCACCAACAGCGUUCGUAGAGGGUCGCGGGGCUGGAGUCCGCAAGUCGCUGCCUAAUCGUGCUGCUGGAUCCGGAGGUGGAGCUGGUGAGCAGGCAGAGAGCGGUGCCGGCUCAGAGGCCAUGGUCAUUCCCAACCAGGAGUCGCUUAUCGGUGAUCUGCUCUCCAUGGACAUCAAUGCGCCCGCUAUGCCCUCCGCUCCGGCAGCCACCAGCAACGUUGACCUGCUGGGCGGCGGCCUGGACAUUCUGUUGGGCGGACCUCCUGCUGAGGCGGCUCCAGGCGGUGCCAGUAGCUUGCUGGGCGACAUCUUUGGAUUAGGCGGCGCAUCGCUCUCGGUUGGCGUUCAAAUACCGAAGGUCACAUGGCUGCCGGCGGAGAAGGGCAAGGGCCUCGAGAUCCAGGGCACAUUCUCGCGCCGCAACGGCGAGGUGUUCAUGGACAUGACUUUGACCAACAAGGCCAUGCAACCGAUGACCAACUUCGCCAUCCAACUGAACAAGAAUAGCUUCGGCCUGGUGCCCUCGUCGCCGCUGCAGGCCGCUCCCCUGCCGCCCAAUCAGACCAUUGAGGUAAGCCUGGCGCUGGGCACAAACGGGCCAAUCCAGCGUAUGGAGCCCCUCAAUAAUCUACAGGUGGCCGUGAAGAACAACAUCGAUAUAUUCUACUUCGCAUGCCUGGUCCACGGCAACGUGCUGUUCGCGGAGGACGGGCAGCUGGACAAGCGUGUUUUCCUCAACACUUGGAAGGAAAUUCCAGCUGCCAACGAGCUGCAAUACAGCCUGAGCGGCGUCAUCGGAACCACCGAUGGCAUUGCCUCCAAGAUGACCACCAACAAUAUCUUCACCAUUGCCAAGCGCAACGUCGAGGGCCAGGACAUGCUCUACCAGUCGCUCAAGCUGACGAACAACAUCUGGGUCCUGCUGGAGCUGAAGCUGCAGCCAGGCAAUCCCGAUGCCACCCUCAGCCUAAAGUCGCGCUCCGUUGAGGUGGCCAACAUCAUUUUCGCCGCCUACGAGGCCAUCAUUCGAUCCCCGUAAAGUGUCUGCCCGGAUGAAAGUCUGACGGUGGACGAGGAGCACAAAGCAAUCGGAGCGAUCAAUUGUUGCUGAGCGGGGACGAAGAUGGAAGGAGGCGAAGGCCAUACCCCCUGGCUGUUGGAUGACCUAGAGCAACAAAAAUUGUAGUUUACGUAUUAUUAUUACUAUUAUUAUUGCAUUGUGUAUUGGCGGUUCGCCACUAUUUAUGCCCUCAAAUACCAACGUACAUAUAUACCUACAUUAUAUUAUAUAUGCAUAUAAACCAAUCAAGUUGAUCAAGAGAACUGUUAAUUGUUAAUCGACUGCAACGGUGACAACAUGUAGCUGUUGCAUGCACUUGGCAGCGUGCAUUCCGGCGCUGCCUAAUCGCAUUCCAAACUGUGUAACUCUGUAAUCCCCAUUAUGCACUGCAUCUAUGUAUAUGUACGUGUCCUAGUAAAAUGUAUGACAUAACACACUAAA